CAGGCCUGCGUUCAAUUCAGGUCCCCACCGCCAACCACCGCAUAUCCCGGCCAACGCUUCGCGCGCUUCGAAUGGUCGGUGAGAGACGAGGCGGACGAGGAAGGACAGGAACACAACAAUUCUUCAGCUGUACACAAACAACGGCCUUGCAUUGCAUUUGAUUGAUUUCGCCCGAACAAAAAAGAACAAGCCCCGUCGCAUCACGGCCGCGUCGCUCGAACAGAUCACAGACCACACAUAGCACGGCCGGGGUCUCACAUUCCACAAUGGGUUCAACAAAGUUUGGCAAUUUCAAUGAGUUCUGUCGCGACACCACUCUGCCAAUCUGCAAUCUUCUAUCACCCACAGGCGACCAGUCAGGAGGGACAUGGGAUGGCUGCGAGUUGAGGGGCAUCGCCCUGCCCGGUGACCAGCACCUGGGCAAUCUUGGGUCCAUAAUAAUAUGCGGAAUUGCAAUUGCCGUCAGUGUCCUGCUAUUGCUUCGCUCAGAAAGGAAACGAGCAGCUGUCGGGCGGAGAGAAAUGCAAGCGUUUCUCCUAGGAUACAUACUGAUCUCAAUAUGCGAGAUCUUCUCAGUGGGGGAUUUCCCGUUGGAUUCCAGAGUGCGAUUGGCAUUUAGCGCCAUUCAUGUCAGCGCCAUUGCGGCGACCACAUGGAUCCUGUUCCUUAAUGGCAUUGUCGGAUACCAGCUGAUGGAUGACGGGACUCCGUUUUCCCUCGGCCUCCUCGUCGGCUCCUCCCUCUUGUUCCUCAUCGGCGUCGGCUACAUCGCCCUCGACACCGGAUUCACCUUUACCGGGUAUUGGGAAUUAAGCCAAGGAGGUCUCAACAGGCACAUCGCACUUUACGUGCUCUACCUCCUCCUGCCGCUCCUCUGGAUCGUCCUCUACUUCGUGUUAGAGACGGUCCUUGUGCUGAGGGUGCUGGGCGAGACGCGGCCGAUGAUGUUCCUUAUCGCGGCGGCAGUCACCUUCGCCGCGGGCCAGGUCUUUAACUUCGUGGUCAGCCCGUACAUUUGCAACGGCACAUCGCACGCGAUCGACGGCGCCCUCUUCCAGACUUUGUUCACGCUGGUGUCUGUGGUUCUGGUUUGGCUUUUCUGGUCUAGCAUCACCGAGGACGACUGGCCGAUGGAUCCGGCGAACCCUUACCCUUAAAACACGACCAUCGAGAUACCCGCGUCCUAUCGACGCACCACG